AUGUCAGAAGCUGCGGUAGAAAAGCAACAAAUGGAAGGAAGAGGCAUCUCAAAUUCUAUGGUGUUUGACGGUUUAACAUUGGAAUAUGGUGGAAUGCUUGCAACAAAUGGGCACUCGCUUUACAAAAGUCGUGAUGUUAUCAUGGACUGUUUAGAUAAAAUAUUUGCCGAUUUCGAAGUCACCUCACAACCACUUAUCACAGUUGCUGAUGUUGGCACAUCUGAUGGGUCCACAUCCCUGAAUCUUCUUAAUGAUAUUAUUGACAAGAUUCGAGUGGACAGUGGACAAUGUCGUGAGCUGAUGAUUUACUACACAGACCUACCAGGGAAUAACUUCAACAGGAUGUUCAGUGUCCUACAAGCUGGCCUUCACUUUGGUCCUGAUGUGUUUUACGCUGCGGUCGGACGCACAAUGUUUGAGAAGUGUUUACCGGACAAUUCUACUGACCUGAUCUUCUCAUCGAUUGCUGCCAUGUAUUUAUCGAAAAGACCAUGUCAGCUGAAAGAUGGGUGUUACCCAAGACAGGAAAAUCUGGAAGAAAUGAAAGCAUACCAUGACCAGGCCACCUUGGACUGGAAAACAUUUCUGGUUAUGCGUGGAAGGGAACUUCGUCGAGGAGGAUACUUGGUAGUGCUCAAUAUUGGAAUUACAAAACAAGGGGAAACGACAAUACACCUCAAAGGUGGAUUCGGCACUCUAGGACAUGUGCUGAAAAGAAUGGUAGCGGAUGGCCUUAUUACUGAGGAUGAGUUCCUGGACUGCAACACUCUGUUUGAACUAAACAGGACAGAGGAUGACUACGCAUUGCCAUUCACAGAGAACGACAAAGACUUACUAGAGACUGGUCUGGAGCUGGUAUCCACCCGAUCGUUUGUGAACAAACUAAACCAUCCUUCCUUUGAAGUAGCCGACAAAGAUGAUGCCACUAAAACAGUUUACGCAGACCGUAUUGUUGCUGGGAUCAAGCCCUGGUUAUAUGCCAUUGUCUAUAACGGGCUGUCGGACAGAAGAUCUCAACGAGAAAGAGAAAGUCUGGCCGAAAUAUAUUUUUCGCGGUUAUGGGACUUUGCUUACCAGAAUGACGAUCAAAUACCACAAUUAGCCCUCGUGGAAAUCGUUGCUAAGAAGCACGCAUAA